AAGAGCAUAGUAACACUGCAUCGCCCAAAAAGGAUAACACCCCCCACCAUACGUUGCACUGACUGUGAUUCGGCAUUUGAAUCGAUGCAGGAUUUAGAAAAACAUGCGAAAGUGCAACACUGUCCAACGAAACAGCAUCAGCAGCAGUUUCAUUACUGCUCAGCGUGUCAGAAAUCGUUCAAAACCAACCGUGGCCUACUGCAGCACAAUACAAUCUAUCACGAGUCCCAAGAAUUGCACCGCUGCUACAUCUGUGAGCGACAGUUUCUCACAAAAACCAACCUACAAAACCAUAUGCGCUUUCACAAGGAUCAUGUGUGCAGCUUUUGCAACAACGGGUGGACAGACGAAUGUCAACUGUUGGAGCACGUGCGUACCAGUCAUAGAGAUGGGAUGUUUGUUUGCCGGUUUUGCAACAAGCAGGAACGGCUCAAGAAAUGUCUCAAUCGACACCUUCGCACAGCCCACGGGCAAGAGGUGAAUCCGUAUUACUGUGGGCAUUGCCGGAAUGCGGAGGCAACGCAUAGCUACGACAGCUAUGUAGCGUUGAUGAACCAUUUGCAGGAGCAACAUUUCGCGGAAGAUGAUACCACUACUGCAGCGAAAGAAUUGCAUGGCACACUGCUAAAUGCAUCCCUGUUUGGCAAAGAGCUGGAAUUGCUCGAGGACGACAAGGUAGUAGACGUUGAGCAGGAUCGUUUUUUGCAGAACUUGCAUCUCGUCCGGAGCGUUCCGGAGAGGCCGAAAACUUGUCAGCCGCUGGAACCGCGCAUCGAUCAACGGACGGUUCUGGAGGAUUUUCUCGAUGAAACGUUCGAGAAUGAUGAGAUCUGGAACAAGUAUAUCGAUAAUGGAGAAGAGUAUCUGAUCGACGAUUAUGACAUCUACCUCAAGGGAAUGGAUGAAUCGGAGAAACAGGAAGAAGUGUGCAUGUAUCUGUGUCCACAGUGUAAGCAAGGGUUUCAGAGCCAGCGAAACCUGACGAUUCAUUUGGCGGAAGAGCACGACGUGUCCAGUUUGGUGUGCAAUGAUUGUGGAGCUAGUUUUACGCGGCAUACAAGCUAUCGAAUCCAUCGGCGCGAACAUCUGAAGGAGAAUGUUCGAUUUCGUGAGAGCAACAUACCCGAAAUGGAGGAAGCACUUUCGCUAGUCCAAAGCACAUCCUUGGACUAUUCGGUGCAAGAGGAGGAAAGUGGUUAUGUGUUUACCUGUAAUCUGUGCGAUCGCACCUUCCAGCGGAAGCACAACCUCGAAAAGCACAGAUGUCUGUACUACGAACAACUGGAGCACUCCAACACUUCAGAGCAGCAGGGUGCAGGUGUCAAUGGGACGGAAUUGCAGCAAUGCUCACACUGCCAGUUUCGCACGACAUCAAGCCAGGAGCUGGAAACCCAUCAGCAACGCAUACAUCAAUCGGACAUGGAGCCAUCGGAGCCCGUCUACUGCAUGCUUUGCGAUCGUCGGUUCAGUUCCAUAUCCGGGCUGAAGUAUCACUUGAAACGACACACAGGCAUUAAGGCAUUCGCUUGUUUGUACUGCGAGAAAACGUUUACGGCCAACUCGAACCUGAACGCGCACAUUCGGAGUGUGCACAGCGCGCGAAAGGACUACCGGUGUGACGAAUGCAACGAAUCUUUUACCACGAAAGAUCACCUGAACAAACACCAACGCUCGCGGCAUCGGCAGGAGCGAGCGUUUGUGUGUGGGGAGUGUGGCAAGAGCUACUUGCAACGGUCGCAUCUGAACGAGCAUGUUGCAGCGAGCCAUCGGGAGGAUCGGUACCUGUGCCAUGUUUGCAAUGGUUCUUACGUUACUAAAAGCUCCCUCAAACGGCACCAACAGCAGAAGCAUGGUGUUAUGAAAAGGGACGAAAAGUGAAGAUAUUGUUAUAUGUUAUCAUGUUUACAACAAUCCGAAGAAUGCAUUUUUUCUCUUCACUCGUGUACUCACCAAAGAUGCUGGUUGGUAGUAAUUGAAUUUUUUGAAUGAUUGAUUUCUUGAUGAAUUUCUUUCGACCGUAUUCAAAACACAUGUUUACACAUGUACUGUUCUGUUCUGUUAUGUUUUGCACUAGCCAUACACUGUUUUCAAUUAAUUUCAUUAUAUUUAGGGUUGUUAUUUUCAUCAA